AUGGCGACCUGUAGGUUGUUUCUCGUGGGUAUUCUCUUCCUCAGCAGGAGUUUAGGACAGAUCCUGGAGGAUGAUCACACGCAGCGCUAUUCAAGAUCCGUGGUCAAUAUGGACGACCUACUAAAAUUGGACGAUGAUCUGGCCAUCAAUCUGGAAAAGUAUGCGGAUCGUCUUUCCCAGAAGGCCAAAACCAUUAGAAGGAGUAUCCAUGAGAUGAAAGAAAGGCACCAAAUUUAUAGUGCAUCAACUAAGUUUUUGGUCAGCCCAUUCGACACUUUUUCCCUCAUCCGACACAUGCAAGCGGACUGGUUGAUGUGGCAAGUGUUUAUGGAAAAGACUGUUGGUGAAGAUGAAUUGUCUUAUUUGGAGUCAAAGAAGUCCACCUUGCCAAAGGACCAUGACUUUUACGACGCUGCUGACGGGAUUAGAAGAAUGCAAGGGGCAUAUGAGAUGUUAGCCAGUGAUAUUGCCAAUGGCUUACUCGAUGGAGUACAAUACAAUUCUUCGCUGGGUUCAGUUGAUUGCCUUGCAUUGGGUCAGUUUCUGAUCAAACAGAGGCGUUGGAUGAUUGCAGAGCAGUGGAUUCUUGCCGGCAUUAAAGCCAAGGAUCCCCAGACGGAAAUGGAGUUGCUCAGAGGACCGAAAAAGGCUUAUAUGUACAGAAUUCUUGGACAAGUAAGGAUGGAGCAGAAAAAUCUUGAGGGUGCCUUGGAAGCCUAUCAGGUUGCCCUUAAAUACUCGCCCCACGAUUCAGAAAUAUUUCAGGAGUAUCAGCUAUUGGAAAAAGAAACUUUUACAUUAACUGGAACAGAACCGAUCGAAGAUGAAGAUAAGAAUUUGGACGAUUCUGACGAGAGUAUAAACUUGCCGCCAUGCUGCAGUGGUCGAUGUGAGGUUCCCCGAAAACUUAAAAGACUAUAUUGUGUCUAUAACCACGUGACCGCACCGUUCCUGCGGUUGGCCCCCAUCAAAACCGAGAUCCUUUCGAUUGAUCCCUUCGUAAUUAUUCUGUAUGACAUGAUUUCUCCAGAGGAGAGCACGCUAAUACGAUCUACCAGCAAAGGGCACAUGCUGCCAUCAGCCACAGUUGUCGUCGAUCAAACGGCAGAUGAUUAUAAUACCGCCACCUAUCGCACUUCAAAGUCUGUAUGGUAUGAUAAUGACUUUAGCGAGACGACCCUAAAACUAACUGAGCGCUUGGGAGAUGCAAUUGGUCUCGACAUGAACUACACGGAGAUGUACCAGGUCAUCAACUACGGAUUAGCAGGCUUGUUCCAGACGCACUUGGACAUGUUGCUUUCGGACAAAACUCGAUUCAACGGAACUCAAGAUCGUUUGGCUACCACAUUAUUCUAUUUGACUGAUGUACCCCAAGGAGGCGGUACCUAUUUCCCAGGACUUAAUAUCACGGUGUUCCCAAAGGCCGGGUCGGCCCUCUUUUGGUACAAUUUGGACACGAAGGGUAAUGAUCACAUGGACACCCUUCACACCGGCUGCCCUGUCAUCGUGGGUUCAAAAUGGGUUGUCAGCAAAUGGGUGGACGAUCAAGGACAAGAGUUUAGAAGGCCCUGCAUCGCCUCAAGUUCAACCACUAAACAUUUAGUAUCUGUUGAAAAACUUAUAGUCUAAUUUUUUAUUACUUUAAGUUAUAGUAGUCAGAGAAAUAAUGUAAUUUUUCUUGUUGUAGUCUUAAGUCCGACUUAAAUUUGUAAUUAUAUUAGUUAUGGAAAAUUAUUAAUAGCUUA